GCGCCCCGGGCGCUAGCCCCCCACCCUCUCCAGCGCCCCGCUGCUGGCCAGCCCCCCCGACGAUGCCCCAUGUCCCACCCGUCCCCGCGAACCCCCAGCCCAGCUCAGCCCUGAGCGCCCGCAGCUGUUGCGCCGUCGCGCCAGGCAUGCAGUAAAGGCUAAAAAUCUGGGUCACAGCUGAGGAAGAUCUCCGACAUGGAGUCCAGGAUGUGGCCUGCACUGCUGCUGUCCCACCUUAUCCCUCUCUGGCCACUGUUGUUGCUGCCCCUCCCGCCACCUGCUCAAGGCUCCUCCUCCUCUUCCCCUCGAACCCCACCAGCCCCUGCCCGUCCCCCAUGUGCCCGGGGAGGCCCCUCGGCCCCACGUCAUGUGUGCGUGUGGGAGCGGGCACCCCCACCAAGCCGAUCCCCUCGGGUCCCAAGAUUAAGGCGGCAAGUCCUGCCUGGCACUGCGCCCCCUGCAACCCCAUCAGGCUUUGAGGAGGGGCCACCCUCAUCCCAGUACCCCUGGGCUAUUGUAUGGGGCCCUACGGUGUCUCGAGAGGAUGGGGGGGACCCCAACUCUGCCAAUCCUGGAUUCCUGCCCCUGGACUAUGGUUUUGCAGCCCCUCAUGGGCUGGCUACCCCACACCCCAACUCAGACUCCAUGCGGGGUGAUGGAGAUGGGAUCAUCCUUAGAGAAGCACCUGCCACCCUGCGGCCAUUCUUGUUUGGGGGCCGUGGGGAAGGUGUGGACCCCCAGCUCUAUGUCACAAUUACCAUCUCCAUCAUUAUUGUUCUCGUGGCCACUGGCAUCAUCUUCAAAUUCUGCUGGGACCGCAGCCAGAAGCGGCGCAGGCCCUCAGGACAGCAAGGUGCCCUGAGGCAGGAGGAGAGCCAGCAGCCACUGACAGACCUGUCCCCAGCUGGGGUCACUGUGCUGGGGGCCUUUGGGGACUCACCUAGCCCCACCCCUGACCAUGAGGAGCCCCGAGGGGGACCCCGGCCUGGGAUGCCCCAGCCCAAGGGGGCUCCAGCCUUCCAGUUGAACCGGAUUCCCCUGGUGAAUCUGUGAUGCUCCCCCAAUGUUGGGGUGCCGCCAAGCAGGAGGCCAAGGGGCCAGCACAGCCCCCAUCCCACUGAGGGUGGGGCAGCUGUGGGAGCUGGAGCUGCAGGCGCUCCUGGCUCCUGCCCUUGCACACCAACCUGGAACACUCACUGGCCCCAUAGGCAAUCAUACCUGCUCACCCUCCUUUAAGUGGGGACCUCACAUAUUUGUGGCUCUGGUCCCCCAUCCCCACCCUUGCACACUCACAUGAAAGCCUUGCACACUCACCUCCACCCUCACGGGUCAUUGCACACACUCAUGCUCUUGUGCAGCCAGUCUUCUGUAUCCUCUCCCCGUCCACCUGUCUCCCCUCGUGGAUCCCUCAUAUUCUCCUUUUUGUUUCACUUUUCACUUUCUCUUCUUCCCACAUUCCAAGCUCAGCUCAGUCACUCAGUGGUCUGUGGGUGACUUUACCAUUUCCUCUCUCAUGCAUUUCCUGGCCCCAUGUUGUGGUGUUGCCUGUCGUGCCCACGCUGUCCCUCAUGAACACCCACUGAUCUAGUUACUGUGGCUCCUGCAUGCUGCCCCAGAGGUGGGUGGGAGGUGAGCUGGGGGCUCCUGGUGCCCCCUCUGUCAUGGUCCCAUCCUGUUCCAUGUCAUGUGUUUCACAGUGUCCCCAAUCCACUCCACGGGCACUCUCAUUACCCUGAGGGCUACUCCAUAGGAAUGAGGGUAGUGAGGCCCCACACUUUUCCCCUCCCCCACUGCUCAAGUAUUGUCUGGGAGAUGGGUUUUGGGGAAGUCACCUGCUGCACUACCUGGGAAAGGGGCUCCCAUUGUCCCUUCCCUUCCUCCGAAGUCUUUUGUCUUGUCUGUCCUGCCUGUCUCUGUGUGACACUCUCUGGAAUUCAGAGCCCCCCCCACCCCAGCCAGUCUUCCCAGCCUCCCUGAGGGCCUCCCUAAUUCCAGAGGCUGCCAGGGACUGGAGCCAGCUGGUUCAAGGCCAUGGGGAGCUCUACCUUCCCAUCUACCCCUCCCCUUCCCGGGCUCCCUCUCAUCCCUCUCACCUUCCCUCCUUUGUUCUUCCACUCUCCCUCCUUUUGCCUCCUCACCCCAGGUUUGUCUCUACUUCUCAUCGUUUCUCCCACCUUCCUUCUUUCUUCCUCUUACCUGGCUCCUAUGCUGUGAUAUAUAUUUUUGUAUUAUCUCUUUCUUCUUGUGGUGAUAAUCUUGAAUUCUUGUGGGAUGUAAGUUUCAAAAUUUUCAAAUAAAGCCUUUGCAAGAUA